AAACCUUCCACAUCAGAGCCUGGGCUUCAUACUAGCAGAUGCUGGAUAUGAUGUGUGGAUUGUUAAUAGCAGAGGAACUUCCUGGUCUAGGAGACAUCAAUACUUUUCAAUAAAACAAGAAGAAUUUUGGGAUUUCAGAUUAUAUUUGGCACAAAAGAAUUCUGCUUGCUGAGCCCCAAACUGAGAGCGCAGCUGGCCCGAAUGUACAGUUACCAACCAGUAAGCAUGAUCUGCAAGCAAGCUCUUUUUCUGGUUGGUGGUUUCAAUGAGAAAAAUCUCAACACGAACCGAACCAGACAGUUAUAGAGGUGCAAAUGACAGACUCAAUUGAAGACGUCUCCGUGGUCAUGUGGCCAGCAUGACUCAACGCUAAAGGCACACAGAACACUGUUACCUUCCCACCAAAGAAUGGUCCCUAUUUUUUUAUUUUUUUAUUUAUUUUUGUCACACAGUAUAUAUGAGCGCCCAAUACCUACAAAUAUCUCCACCCUUUGUGAUCUGGAACACCUCAUAAACAGCAGAGCCUUGGAGUGAGUGAAAGGCAUAUAUUGUGUGAAACAACAAAUGUGGGAACUGAUUCAAGCCCUCAAAGCUGCAUAGUAAAAAAAGAUGCUGAAGAUGUUUUUGUUUCUUAUGAUAUCUCUUUUGCUUCUGGAGUUCAAUGAUUCCAAACAACUGUCAAGAACAAAGAGAGAAGGGAACCCCGAAACAUUCAUGAAUAUUAGUGAGGUCUUACAAUAUCAUGGUUAUCCUAACGAGGAACAUGAAAUCCUGACAAAUGAUGGUUACUUUCUUACUAUCAACAGAAUUCUUGGAAGGAAAGCCUCAGAGGAAACAGCUUCCAAACCUGUUGUGUUACUGAUGCCAGGAAUUCUUACUGAUUGUGGAAUAUGGCUAACAAAUCUGCCCAAUGGCAGCUUAGGCUUUAUACUGGCAGAUGCUGGCUUUGAUGUUUGGUUGGCAAAUAACCGAGGAAGCAGAUGGUGUAAACGGCACCAGAACUUCUCACACAGAGAAGAAGAAUUCUGGAAUUUCAGUUUUCAUGAAAUGGCAAUGGAAGAUCUGCCAGCUAUUAUAUAUUUUAUCCUAGCUAAAACUAGACAGAAACAACUUUUUUAUGUUGGCUAUUCCCAAGGAUCCACUAUAGGAUUCAUUGCCUUUUCAGCAAUGCCAGCAUUAGCUGAGAAAAUAAAAAUAUUUUUUGCAUUUGGUCCAAUAUAUUUGGUGAAUCAUAUCAAACCAUGGUAUAAGAUGAUAAUCGAUAUGAACCCAGUUAUUAUAAAGGCUACAUUAGGCAGAAAAGAAAUUUGCUUGCUACCUAAUCACAUAACACGAAAAUUGACCACUAAGUUUUGUUACAUGGAUUUAUGGAGAAAAACGUGUGCAAAUAUUUUAUUGUCCGGUGGUGAAAUUAGUGAAAACAAUGUAAAUAUGAGUCGCCUGGAUGUCAUUGUAUCACAUUUAUUUGGAUGCACAUCAGCAAAAACUCUCUUACAUUGGAAGCAGAUGUAUGACACUGGGGAAUUUAAAGAGUUUGACUAUGGUUCUAAGAAUAUGGAAAAAUACAAUCAGAUGACCCCUCCCUUUUAUGAUAUAAGAAGCAUGAAUAUCCCAACCUUCAUGUGGAGUGGUGAAAAAGAUAAAAUUUCAACACUAAAGGAUACCGAACUAUUUCUCCCUCUUCUUAGUAAUCUGAUCUCCUACAAAAUAAUUCCUCAUUGGAUGCAUUACGAUUAUCUUUUUGGCCUUGAUGCACGUCAGAAAUUGUAUGAUGAACUUGUUGACAUAAUUCACAAUUUCCCAUAAGCUGGGGGAUCAUCUAGUACAGUGAUGGCUAACCUUUUCCGGACUGAGUGCCCAAAGUGUGUGCGUGCGCACGUGUGAAUCCGCGCGUGCGUGCCUGAAGCUCCAAAAUGCAAUAUAUAUGUGCCCCCCCGCACGUACCCCACCCUGCACACGUGCAUUCAUCCCCCCCCCCGUGCCCUCCCACGCAUGCACAGCAGAGACCCGAAGACCAGCUGGCCAGCGGGAGGCACAUGCGCAUGCACGGUGAAGCUGAACUGGGGUGACAGCUCACGUGCCCAAAGAGACGGCGCUGCGUGACACCUCUGGCACAAAUGCUAUAGCUUCGCCAUCACGGGUCUAGUAUGUCAGUGGCAAACAUGCCACUCCAAAAUGUUUCUUUAACAGGAGAAAUGCAUGUUUCACUAAAGCAGAAGUGUCUAAUUUUUUUUAUUUGAUGAUUUUUUUUUAAAAAAAAGGAUACUGUCAUCGUUCUAGUAAUGAACUCAGGGAGUUAGGACUCUGACACUUUGCUCAGGGAUCUCCAACCUUGGUCACUUUAAGACUUGUGGACUUCAGCUCCUAGAGCUUUGCUGGCUGAGGAACUCUGGGAGUUGAAAUCCACAAGUCUUAAAGUAGCCAAAGUUGGAGACCUCUGCCUUAGUAAAUACAUCAUAACGGCCCUUGGAAAGAUGAAGCUAGCUCGAAAUUAUUCCCACACUCAGAGAUAGUUAAAUGAAUAAGAUCUCCACACACACCCUUUGUCCCUCAGGUCACAUGGGCCAAUCAGUCCAGGUGUAGAUUCCCACUCAACUUCAACAACUCCAUUGAAAUGACUUUGGUUCACAUGUAGAUGUUAUGGAUAGAUGGCUGAGGCAACACAUUCCUGAGUCCUCCCCCCAUUCUCUCCCAAACUCUUCCCCUUGAAUGGCAGGCAAGAAAUGAAGCAGAAGCAAGCAUGGCUUCAGCUGAAGUAAUUCUGUUUAUACCUUUUAAAAUACCAUGUUUCCCUGAAAAUAAGCCCACCCCAAAAAUAUUUAACUGCAUGCGCAGCCAGUCCCUGCCAUUUCCUCUGGUUAGGGUUAGGGAGACAGAGCUGGAAAUCAGGUAAGAUGGCAAGAGGAUCCCUGUCUCACUCCAAGCACCCCAAAAUAAUAAGACCUCCCCAAAAAUAAGGCCAAGCACUUAUUUUGGGGUUCAAAAAUAUAAGUCAGGGUCUUAUUUUCAGGGAAACAUGGUAGUUAAUGUAGAUACCUUGAAAUAAUGCAACCCUGGGAAUUCUAAACUUUGGGAAGAAUCACAGGGUUAAAUCUUGAGUAAGAAGAGUAAAGUGUUGAAUAAAUUCACACAGAAAAGUGUUGAGUAAUAAGAAAAAUGAUGCCAAACUGUAAGAGCUGAACCAAGAUUCUGACAAUUCAGCUGACUUUCCCUUUUUCUAGUUUCAGUUGCAAAAACAGUGUUCAGGAGGAUGUGUUAAAGAAACCCUUCAAAGUGGUAGCUGUGGAAAGAUGACCUUAGCUUUGGCCCUCAUUGUACAUGUAUGGGCCUUCAAUCCAUUUCUAAAAGGGGUGGGGUUUUGUCUUAUUGCUGCAGCCAUCUUGACUUUUUUUUAAUAUAGUCAUGUUAUUAAAAAUUACAAUUAACAAUAAAAAGUAAUACCACCUAGAAAAGAAGGAAAAAGAAACAAUAGAAGGCGCAGAAAGGAAAAUAGAAAGAAAAAAAUAUGAAUACAGUAAAGAAAAAGUAAAGAAAUAUAUAAGGAAAUGACUUCUCCCUUCAUCACAAGCAUGUCUGUGAUGGGUUAAGUGAUGCUGCAACUGACCUUUCUUGGUGCAUGGAUGCUGUUGAGGUCUGGAUACAGAUUAACAGAGUUGGAAGGGACCUUAUAGGUUAUCUAGUCCAACCCCUCGCUCAAGCAGGAGACCCUACACCAUUUCUGACAAAUGGCAGUCCAAUCUUUUCUUGAAAGUCUUAAGUGAUGAAGCUCUUACAAUUUCCGAAGGCAAGCUGUUAACUGCAGGUUAAAACUGAAGCCUGUCAAGACACAGUGACCUUGGGUUCAGGGCUCCUUGGUUCUUGGAGAAUUGCCAUCUGUGAUGGAAUAUUAUAUAGAUUCUCAGAAGGAAGGGAGCACAUCCAAGAGGAGUGAAAGACAGUGCAGUUUCGCCCUCUUGUGUGGGAGAAAGAGAGUUGAGAUGACUCCUCCCUAAUAGUCCCAGAAUAUAUGUUUUAUAAUGCAAUUAGUCUGCUUUAGUUUGGCAAGAUCUCUGUCUAUAGCCGAGGAACA